GAGAAAGUUAUUAUGGCUUCACAGUUAUUACUCACCAUCGUCUUCUUCCUUGUUCUCUUCUCCACAGUGUCGUCGAGUGUUGCUACGUGCGAGUCGAAAUACGAAGCAACAUGCCAUGACAAAAAGGAAGCGUUGAAGUUCAAGCUUAUAGCGAUAUGUUCCAUAUUGAUCGCUAGCAUGAUUGGCGUGUGUCUCCCAAUUUUCUCACGUUUCGUUCCGGCGCUUAAGCCCGACCGGAAUUUGUUUCUUCUGGUGAAGGCUUUUGCUUCCGGCGUCAUUCUGGCGACUGGUUACAUGCAUGUUUUGCCAGACUCGUUUGAUGAUUUGAGAUCUGAGUGUUUGCCGGAAAACCCUUGGCAUAGGUUCCCGUUCACUACAUUUGUGGCAAUGCUGGCCGCGAUUUUCACUCUCAUGGUGGAUUCAUUCUCCAUUGGCUACUUCAAGAAGAAGAUGUCUAAUAAAGCUAGUGAAUCAGAAAAUGUUGGGGGAAAUAAAGCCAAUGAAUCAGAAGAAUUUGACAUUGGUCACGGACAUUGCGGAAAAGAAACUUUAAAGAUCAUUGAGGGGCAAGAACAGUUAUUGAAGUACCGUGUUGUAGCUCAGGUGUUGGAACUAGGAAUUGUGGUGCACUCAGUGGUGAUUGGAUUAUCAAUGGGAGCUUCAGAAAACCCAUGCACAAUCAGGCCUCUCAUUGCUGCACUCUGCUUCCACCAACUGUUUGAGGGAAUGGGCUUGGGUGGCUGCAUACUGCAGGCUGAAUAUGGAUACAAGAUAAAGGGCAUAUUGGUUUUCUUCUUCUCUGUGACAACCCCAUUUGGGAUUGCUUUGGGAAUUGGGCUAUCAAAUGUGUACAGUGAUACCAGCCCAACUUCUCUGAUAGUGGAGGGCAUUCUAAAUGCUGUAUCUGCAGGGCUUCUGAAUUAUAUGGCACUUGUGGAACUAUUGGCGUCUGACUUUAUGGGGCCUAAGCUUCAACAGAACAUGAAGCUCCAGAUUUGUUCGUAUAUUGCCGUUUUGUUAGGUGCUGGAGGAAUGUCAUUGAUGGCAAAAUGGGCUUAG